CAUAGCAGCAAGCCCGAAACAAACGUAGCCGCGCCCCGAGCCCUCUCCUUAGUCUCACACGCCUACCACCACACCCAACCCACCAGCCCCCACCGAUAUCACACCACCUACCAUGCGCGGCUCGGGCGGCAGCGGCAGCCGCCACUACCGCGCCCGCGCGCGCCCGCACUUCUUCCCAGACCUGGACAUGAGCGGCAUCCUGCAGCCUGCAGACCCCGCGGAGGGCUGCUUCGUGGCCAGCAAGGUGGUGGCCACGCUGGGCCCGGCCUGUUCGGACGUGGACACCCUGGCGCGGCUGCUGGAGGCGGGCAUGACCGUGGCGCGCGUGGACCUCACGUGGGGCCCGCUGGAUUACCACAAGCGCUCGCUGACCAACCUCAAUACGGCCAUGAAGCGCGUGCGCCGCAUGUGUGCGGUCAUGGUGGACACGCUGGGUCGCGAGAUGCUCAUUAGGCGGCCCUUCAGUCUGGGGCCCGACGGCUGGCCCCAGCACGAGUCGCCGUUCAAGGUGGCGGCGGGCAGCGGCGUCACCAUCACCACGUCCGAGGACGCCGCCGCCACCCCCGCGCUGCUGCCCAUCACCUACCCAAAGUUCCCCAGCCUGGUGCAGCCGGGGGACAUCGUCUACAUCGGCCGCUACAUGGCGUGUGGGGCGCCCGAGAUGGCCUCGCUCUACCUGCGCGUGGAGCAGGUGCACGAGGCGGCUGGCGAGGUGGUGUGUGUGGCGCUGAAUGACGCCGAGCUGCACGGCCUGCUCACCGUGUUCAACCUGGAGAGGUCUGCCUCCGAGCUGACCAGCCUGCAGUCCGACCUGCCCGUGCUGACCCAGUACGACAGAGUGGCGCUGAGGGACCUGGCGGACACCGGAUUUGAGAUUGACUUCAUCUGCAUCAGCUACUGCCGCUCCGGCGUGGACGUCCGCGAAGUGCGCGCCUUCGCCGAGUCCGUGCCCGCGCUGGCGGCAUGCGGGCUGGUGGCCAAGGUGGAGACACGGCAGGCGCUGUUCAACUUCCGGGGCAUUCUGGAGGCCGCUGACGGCAUCACCAUAUCACGUGGGCUGUUGGGUUUGGACUGCCUGCCGGAGAAGGUGGCACUGAUCCAGAAGUCUCUGAUCUCGGCCUGCAACCUGGUGGGCAAGCCCGUGGUGGUGACGCGCGUGCUGGACUCCAUGGCCGACAUGCCGCGGCCCACACGCGCCGAGGCCACGGACGUGGCCAACGCGGUGCUGGACGGAGCUGAUGCGCUGUGGCUGGGGGCGGAGACGCUGAGGGGCAAAUGGCCGGUUGAGACGGUGCGCACGCUGGUGUCCAUAGCGCGGCAGGCGGAGAAGGUGUUCGACUUCGCGCACCACUUCGAGUGGCUCAUGCAGGCCGCGGUGGAUGCCCAGGAGCUGCGUGAGUCACUAACCGCCGGCGGCGGAAUGUACGGUGGCGGCGGUGGCAGCUCAAUGUACGGCGGCAUAGCGCCCUCACUCAUGUACGGCGGCGGAGGUUGGGGCCCCGGUGGCGGCGUGUACGGCGGCGGGCUCACACUGGAUGAUGAUGACGCCGCCACUGACAUCUUCAUGCUACACACCGGUGACGGCUUGGGCGGUUACGGCGGCAUGCAGCCGAGCCACAUGAUGGGUGGCAGCAUCGGCGCCGGCCUGUCCGGCCUCGGCGGCGGCGGCGGCGGCGGGUACGGCAACGUCGGUGGCCUCACGCCGCUAGGCAGCAUGACUAACAUCGGCGGCGGCGGCGCAACUGGCGGCGGCGGUGCCGCCGCCGCCGACGGCGCCGGCGGCCUGUCACCAGCGUCCCUGUCCACCGCGAACCUGGAAGAUCUGGCGGCAAUGGAGACGCCGCCGCCGGCGGCGGCUGGCAGCGGCACAGCCAAUGGCGGCGGCGGCGGUAACGGGCAGCACGUGAGCUUUGCGGCGCUGCCGCCGCGGGCGCCGCCGCGCUCGCGCAGUAACGCCAGCAUGCCCGACGUCUCCGCCGCUGGCGGCGGCGGCACCGCCGCCACUGGCGGCGUUGGCGGCGGCGGCGGCGCUGGAUCGCUCUCCGCCUCCGGCGGCAGCCCGCUGACUGCUGGCGGCGGUGCUGGCGCCGCCGCCGCCAGCGGCGGCCCUGGCGGCGGCGGCGGCGGCGGCAACCGCAGCCAGUCUUACGCGGACAUCAAUACGGCAGUGGCCGCGAUGAACCGUUUCGGCCCCGGCCCCGGCGGCGGCGGCGGCGGCGGCGGCUCCAUUGCCGCUGAGCCGGCGGGCCCCGUCGGCGCCGCCGCUGCGCUACCCGGCGGUGGCCGCCAGCAGCACUCCAACCCCCUGUACGGCGGCAUCAGCAACGCGAAGGAGCAGCACAGGGAGCACCACGGCCACCCCCACAGUCACCACAGCCACUCCCACCACGGCCACGGCCACGCCCCCUCCGGCCGCGCCAGCAGCCCCAGCGUGCGGAGCACCACCGGCACGGUGUACGGCGGCGGUCCCGCGGGUCCCUACAUGGGCAAGCUUGAGUCCAUUGCCAGCAGCGCGGUGCGGGCGGCGGAGAAGGUCAAGGCCAGCCUGAUUGUGGUGUACACGCACACCAGCCGUGUGGCCUCGCUGGUGGCCAAGUACCGACCGCCCAUGCCCAUCCUGACCCUGGUGGUGCCGCGCCUCACAAGCGACGGCCUGCACUGGAAGCUGCAGGGCAAGGGGCACGCGAGGCAGUGCUUGCUGGUCCGCGGGCUGCUGCCCAUGUUGUCCGCGCCCGGACCCAGCGGCGACGAGGUGUUGGAGGAGGCCAUCGCGCUGUCCUCGCGGCUGGGCCUGGUGGGGCCGGGGCACUUCGUGGUGGUGGUGGAGCGGGUGCACGACGCCUUCUGCCUCAAGAUUGUGGCGGUGGACGAGCUGGGGCUGGGCAUUCAGCGCGAGGACGGGGCGCUGGCAGACCCGACCGCGACAGUGGUCCGAGCCAUGGUGCCCGCCACGCCCGUGAUCGGCCGCACCCUGUCCAUGAUGGGCGAGGGACGCAGCCGCCGACUCGGCCUGCCGCCAGCAACAGCCGCUACAGCAGCCCUGGCGGCGGCUGCGGCCGCCGCCGCCGCAGCCGGCGCCGGCGCCGGAGGCGGCGGCACCAGUGGCGGCGGCGGCGCCAUUGCGGCGCUGGGUCCGUUGAUGGGGUCGAUCUCAUCGCUUCUGGCGGCGUCUCCGAGCUGCGUGCUGGGAGCGGUGGGGAAUGGAGGAAGAGGCGGCGGCCGGGCGGGAGGCAGCGGUGGUGGUGGUGGUGGUGCUGCUGGCCUGGCGGCGGUGCUGGAUGGCGGCGGCGGCAGUGGCAGCAGCCCCCGCCGCCUGACUUCUGCGGAGCUCAUCAACGUGCUGCCGGGCUCGCCCUUCUCCGGCUCCCCGCCCAUGUCCGGCGGCGGCGCAGCUGCCAACCGUAGCGGCGGCGGCCCUGGCGGCGGCGCCGGCAGUAGCAGCGACGGCGGUGCCGCCGCCGGCCCUGCCGCCGCCGCCGCCCACAACGCCGUACGCCUCAACCUCCUGAACACCCUCUACAGCGCCUCCAACUACCCCGGAUCGGCGGCCGUAGCAGGCGAGGGCGGUGGCGGCGGCGGUGGUGCUACAGCCAUUCCCGCAAUCCAGGCCGCGGCCCUGGCGGCCGGCAGCGGCAUGAGACCCCGCGGCGCCGCCACUGCUGCUACAUCCGCUGACCGGCUCCCAGUCAUCAACGCACUGGGGGGCGGCACGGCGGCGCAUGACACGACCAUGCUAAUGGAGGGAGUAGGCGGCGGCGGCGGCAGUAGCAGCGGCGCCGCCGCCGGCAGUAGCAGCGGCGCUGUCCGCAGUAGCAGGCCGGGGCCGCUGGGGUCAGUGCUGCUGGGCCCUGUGACAGAGGAGCCGGAGCCGGCGGAGGGCACAGACGAGGCGGCGGCGGCGCCUGCGGAUGACGACACGGCGGGUGCUGCCAAGGGCGAGGCGGAGUGAUGAUUGGGAACGUGGCGUCGUGGCGUCGUGGCCUGCUGGUGAAGGCUGCGGUGGCGGCGGUGUGGCUGCUACUGCUGCUACGUACGGGUACCAUUACUGCGGUUGCCGCUGCAGCUGAUGCUACUGCCAAGGCCAAAGCGGAGUAGGCGGUAUAAGUGGAUGCGGCGGCCUGCUGGGCCUGCAGGUGUAGGUGAUGCUAAAGGCUGCACUGGUUGACGCGGGUCAUGUUGUCUGUUGAAGAUUGGAGAGGCAGGGCGCUGUUGCAGCGCAUGCAGCGAGAGCUGAGAGGGAAGGCAGUAUGCCGGGACUGCAGGAACUGGUGCACGGGUGUGCAAAUAGAAUCUUUCUUUCCAUGUUGCGCAGUUGCACAGGGCCAUGUUGUCAGGCUGCCACGGGUUGCACUGUUGCAGGCCCAGGCACGUUUUCCGUAAGGCGUUACGACUGGAAGGCAGGGUAUGGUGCGAUGCGUAGACAGCUGCUGAGGAAGCUAGGCUGUAGCACACCCGGACGUGGCAGUGGGUACCGUAUUUAGGGCUCCCUAGGGGUUGUAAAGGAGUGGUGCGCAGUUUUGAAGGACCAGAGAUUGACCAGAGAACGACGCGGUCGGCAACACAGACGACUUGUGCCCGCUCAGGAGGGUUGGUAGCAGCAUGACGGGUGUGUGAUGGGACAGGGUUCAGGCAGGUUGGCGAGGUCCCAUAGGGUGCAGCUGACGCCCAUACCCCAAGCAAACAGCAAACAGUUUGCAGCGGCAGAGCAGGAGUGCAUGGCUGGUCGAACGCCGGAGUUACUGUACCGACAAGUUGCUGGCUGGCUGGAAGUUUGCUGAUGCGCAUUCCUCACGCAGCAUGAUGGGUGUGCUGAGCUUUCAGAGCAAUCAGGUUGGCUGGCGGUCACAAGUAUGAGAAUGUGUGUUUAGAAAUAUCACGCAAUUUGGUUGCUGGCUAGCUGGCCCGAGCUGGCCAGGAAUCGUAGGCAAG